AACGCAGGGGGAGGCGGGGCCCUGGCAUGAGGGGCGCAGAGACGGGGAGGGGGUCUGGCUGGGUCAGGUGGCUGAGGGGUUCUGGGGAGGCCCUGGUGGGGGUGAGUGAAGCUUUGGGGGAUUUUUGGUUUCUAAUUUUGAUUUUUUGUAUCCUCGGUACUGGUGCCUCACACAGCCGCCCUCAGACCUGCCCCCCCAUUGCCUAGCUCAGGAAAGUGACACAGCCCCUGUUGCCCAGCCCAGAGGCAGCCAUGGCUGCAAGAGAGCCCUGUGGAAACCCUCUGGGAGGAAGUGACACGUCCUGUCUGUCUGGAGGAUUUCACAGCCCCUGUCACUCUGGAGUGUGAGCACGUUUUCUGCCAGCCCCCCCUCAGCCCUUGGUGUGGAGACACUGAGCAGCAGGGACCCCUCCGGCCCAGCCAGAAGCUGGCAAACGUGGUGGAACUAGCCAAGCCGCUGAGUUUCCAGGCAGCGGAGAGAGCAAGAUGGGACGGGGUGUGUGGGGAGCACCAGGAGGCUCUGCACCUGUUCAGUGAAGAGGAUCAAACUCCCAUCUGUGUGGUGUGUGACAGAUCCGAGGCUCACACGAUGGUCUCCAUACAGAAAGCUGCCCAGGAGUACAAGGAAAUAUUGGAGGCCCAUUUGAAGACUCUGAGGGAAGAGAGAGAAAUGCUGCUGGGAAGGAAAAUGACAGCAGAGAGGAAAAGCCAUGAGUAUCUGAAACAGACACAAGGCGAGAGGCAGAUGAUUGUGGUUGAGUUUCAGCAGCUGCGUCAGUUCCUGAAGGAGCAAGAGCGACUCCUGCUGGCCCAGCUGCAGAAGCUGGACGAGGAGAUUGUGAGGCUCCAGACUGACACUGUCAGGAAACUCUCUGCGCAGAUUUCCCGUCUCAGCCAGGUGAUCGGUGAGCUGGAGGGGAAGUGUCAGAAGCCAGGGAGUGAAUUCUUGCAGGGCGUCAGAUGCACCUUGCGUGGAUGUGAGAUGGGGCAGUUCCAGCUGCCAGAGGAGAUUUGUCCUGAAGUAGAAGAACAAGUCAGCAGUUUCUCCCAGAAAACCAUUGCGCUGUCGGAAACUCUGAGGCAGUUCAAAGACACUCUGCCCUCGGCACUGGAGAGAACAAGAGGAAAAUCCUUGGGAGCUUUCAGACAAGGCUGCAGAACAGCCAUGUCUGUCUCCAGUACAGCCAAUGGCCUGCAAAGCCAGGGACAGGAAAUGGCUGUGGAGGAGCCAGUGAGCUUUGAGGAGGUGGCACUGUGUUUCUCUGAGGAGGAAUGGGCUCUGCUGGACCCGGGCCAGAGAGCCCUCUACAGGGAUGUGAUGCAGGAGAAUUGUGAAGCUGUGAGCUGGCUGGGCCAAUGGGCGUGUCACCUCCUAUUAGCAGGGACAGAGGAAGCGCUUGCAUCUGACCAAGGAUUUCCAGUCUCCGAAGCUCAUGUGAUUUCUUGGGAGGAGCGAGGAGAGGAGCUGCAGAUCCCUGAUCUCCAGGGCUGUGAAGAAGGGGAGAUCAUCAGUGACACCCACACAGCAGAUGAUGGGAUGCUGAAUGAGAACAAUGAGGAGAGUCUUCAGCAGCAAGCACUAGAGGAAAUGACUCCACAUGUAAUGUUAUUGGCAAGAUCUGAAGGGCGUGUUUCCCAGAAACCUGAGCAGGGAGAGAUCUGUAAGAGUCAGCAUAGCCUAGACAGGCAGCAGGGAAACCAUCCAGAGAAGGGACAGGGUAAAUCUCGUCACAGGAGCAGAGGAGUGAUAAAGAUAGAAACCAUUCAACAGAAAAUCUCCCAUGAACAAGCCCCCUCCACAUACAAUGACUAUGCCACUCUUGUUGAACAUCAGAGAAUCCACAGAGAGAAACCCUUCAUCUGCUCUGACUGCGGGAAAAGCUUCCUUUGGAAAUCACAUCUUAAUCAACAUGGAAGAAUCCACACAGGAGAGAAACCUUUCAGCUGCUCUGACUGUGGGAAGACCUUCAGUAGGAACUCAACUCUUAUUACACAUAAGAGUGUCCACACCGAGGAAAAACCCUUUUAUUGCUCUGAAUGUGGGAAAAGCUUUAGUAGGAGAUCAAAUCUUUCUAGACAUCGGAGAACCCACACAACAGAGCCAUGUUUCAGCUCCUCUGGCUGUGGGGAAAGCUUCAGGGAGAGAUCAGACCUUGUUAGGCACAGAGGAAUCCGCACAGGGGAGAAACCCUUCAGCUGCUCUGACUGUGGGAAAAGCUUCACUUGGAAAUUACAUCUUAAUCUACAUAGGAGAAUGCACACAGGGGAGAAAUCCUUCAUUUGCUCUGACUGUGGGAAAAGCUUCAUUUGGAAAUCACAUCUUACAGCACAUAGGAGAAUGCACACAGGAGAAAAACCCUUCAGCUGCUCUGACUGUGGGAAAAGCUUCAUUUGGAAAUCACAUCUUACAGCACAUAGGAGAAUGCACACAGGGGAGAAAUCCUUCAUUUGCUCUGACUGUGGGAGAAGCUUCAGGAGGAACUCACAUCUUGUUACACAUAGAAGAAUCCACACAGGAGAGAAACCCUUCAGGUACCCUGACUUUGGGAUGUUUCAGUAGGCGCUCAUAUCUUCUUACACAUAGGAGAAUCCACUGUGGAAAGAAACCAUUUGAUUUCUCUGAGGGUAUGUCUACACUACAAAGUUAGUUCAAAAUAACGGACGUUAGUUUGAACUAACUUUCAUAGGCGCUACACUAGCUCUCCGUUAGUU